AUGGCCAGCAUUGGCGAAAAAAUAAAGGAGAAGCUGCAUCUCGGUCACGAUUCCGGCUACGGUGAUCCAAGCACCGCUGCACACGAAACAGCCAAGACGACGACCAGCACGGAGACCUCUACUAUGACUGGAACUGCUACUCAGACCUCUUAUGAGGGGACAGCUGGCCAGGCCUACCCUCGCACCCCUACCACUUCUCCCAAGGGAGGGACCAUGUCCGGCCCUGCUACCACCUACCCUGUCGGCCCCGGCACGGACCAGACAUCCCCCAAGACCGGCUCCCAGGAGCGUGGCACUGGCAUGCAUGCUGAGGGAGAACGCAGGGGUGUGGUGUGCGGCACAAAGUUCUACACGACGGUGGAGGACCGCCCAGUGGAGAAAGAGAUCAUUGAGCGCGUCAUCGAGCACCACCCGGUCGAGAAGAAGUUCGUCGUCGAAACGCGCCCGGCCGGCGAGCACGAGCUGGCCGACCAGCGCCGGGAAGAGUCGAUUGGCGUGCGCGAGGAGAUCAAGAGUGCGGCAAAGACCAGCCCAUGCGAGGGCGCACCAGAGCUUGUGCUUCAGAAGUGA